AUGGAUCAAAUCAAGCCCCCGAAGAACUUAGUUUUGUCCCAGGAGAGCAUGAAUGCCGCGUUGGAUGCCCUCCGAGCUGGACGUCGCGUGUCUGAAGCCACUGAAGAGGUGGCUCAGGUUAUUUCCUCUAGGACGGUUAGCCGUCCUCCUACCAAAGCUUCCUCUCGAGCCCCUAAAACGAGCUCCCGCGGUUCCAAAUCCUCUCGGCCAUCUAGCCGUGGCAGGUCGAUCUCGGUUCCUAAACCUACUUUGGAGUCUAGGUCCAAUAAAGCUUCUAUAGAGGAGGUGAGGGAAGCUCCUCGAAUCAUUAUGAAGCAGGCGGAAGAUAUUGAGCACGUGAGGUUGGAUCCGGUUCUUCCUCCCGAGGAGGUGCCAGGGGGGAGGUUUGAGUCCCCCAUUGUUGAAGAGGAAGCCCCGGAGAAGAGGAUGAAGGUUAUUCUUGUGAAGGAAGAUGUCCCGGAGGCCUCUACCGGGAACGCCUCUACUGCUGUGGAGAUUGAAUCUGAAUCUGUUGACAAAGGCGUCAUAGAGAAAACUGGGGACAAGCGUCCAGCCCCUCCUAAAAUAUCUGCUCCAACUCCUGCUCGGAAGAAGUUCAGGGCUUCCUCGGGAUCGGCUCCAGCCCUCCCUCCUAUUAGGAAGGAGAAGGGUGUCCCCGUGGUACCUCUGUUGUUUGCCCCAGACAACGACAUUCUGAACGCGGAGGACAUCACCCACCAAUCUCCGGCUAGUGUGGUCGCCGAGAUCAUCAGAGAGCGGAUGUUUGGUGGCAUCAUAGAGGCUUCAGACCCCCGCUUGCUCGCCCUCACUGGUCUUCUAGCCAGUUCCACUAAGGAGCAGGCAGCGUUCCGGUCUCGACCUCGGGGGGAGCUCGGAGAUAUAAUUAGGGAGAUGCUCCUGAUGAUUGAGGAGGCGCGUCUGGAGGAGAACUUGUCUGCCACCAGUGAUGCCAGAGGCAAUCUUGCAGCUAUUCGAGAGAACUCCGAAUCCCUCCAAAUCGAGCUACAUACAGCUUUGGAGGCCCUCAAGAGGGCUGAUGGGAGGGCGGCUGAGGCGCAGGAACAUGCUAAGUCCCUGGAAGCAGAGUUGUCUCGCACUCGAGGGGUUCUCAAGGAAUCUGACGAGAGGGCAGCUGCAGCUGAGGUCCGCUGUGAAGAAGUGUUGAAGCAGCUGUCCUCCAUGGUGGGGACCCUUCGUGAGAGAGAUGAGGCCAUAAGUCAGAGGGACGAGAUCCAUCGUCAGUAUGAGGCCCUGAAGGCUGAUUUCGAAGGAAUUCAGGCUCAUCUUGAUAAGGUGAAGAUUCAAAAGGAAGGGGCCCUAGCUCGGGUGGAAGUUCUCGAGCAGGAGCUGAGCAGGAGUUCUGAUCGUAUCAGAGACCUGGCUUCAUUGGCGGAGGAGUCCAAGCUUCAUAAUCAAAAGCUCAGCCAUGAGGUCAGGACUUUGGAGCAUAAAUGUUUAGCCCUGCUCGAGGAGGCCAGGCAUGCUGAGGACAGAAUCCAGCUGGAGUGUGAGAAGCGUUUGAUGGAGUAUAAGGAUUCGGCUGAGCUAAAGAGGGAGAUUGAACAGGCCUGUGAAGCUCAUCUCCAAGAUUACAAGGAUUCUUCUGAGCUGAAAGCAAUCAUAGCUGAGGCCUGCCAGUCACAACUUGCGGAGUUUAAAGCCUCUGAUGAGAUGAAGACUGCUAUUUGGCAAAAAAGCUUCCGCAUGUUCAUGUCUGGCUUCAAUCGGGGUUUAAGAGAAGCCAGACUUGCUCCUGAUACCCCUUUAGCAAAGCUCUGA